AAAAAUCCCACAACAAGAUCUUAUCUCCUUCUGUUCCUAAAUAAAAACAGAACAUCACCACUAACAUUUUGAGCUCUGUCUUUCUGUCUCUCCCAUGGAGUGUCAUUCCUUAAUGUUUGCUGUCUUGGCACUGUCACUGACUCCAUGCUCUGUCCUCGCCCCAAAGCCAUGCAAUUUCCCGGCCAUUUUCAACUUCGGCGACUCCAAUUCUGACACCGGCGGCUUCUCCGCCGUCUUUGGGCAGGCCCCUCCGCCCAAUGGCAUGUCCUAUUUCCAUGGACCCGUCGGCCGCUACUCCGACGGCCGCCUCAUCGUUGAUUUCAUAGCUGAGAGCUUGGGAUUGCCUUAUCUUAGCGCGUAUCUUAAUGGGUUGGGAGCAAAUUACACUCACGGUGCCAAUUUCGCGACGGCUGCCUCAACUAUUAGGCAAUCAAACAAAACUCUUCGUCUCGGUGGAGUUAGUCCCAUUUCUCUCGAUGUUCAGUUCAAUGAAUUCUAUGACUUUCGUCGUAGAUCCCAAACCGUUCGUAAUCGACUGGGUGGCAUUUUUAAGCAAUUAUUACCAAAAAAAAGGAGUUUCAGGCGGGCGCUGUACACGUUUGAUAUUGGUCAAAACGAUUUGACCAGUGGCUACUUUGCUAACAUGAGCGUGGCGCAAGUUAGAGGCUACAUCCCUCAAGUGCUGGACCAGUUCACCACCAUUGUCAAGUCGGUGCACGGUCAAGGGGGAAGGUUCUUCUGGAUCCAUAACACCGGCCCGGUGGGGUGCCUUCCAUAUGUAUUGGUCGGAAUGCACGUUUCACCCUCCGACUACGACCAAUAUGGAUGCGCCAUUCCUUUCAAUGACUUGGCUCAAGAGUUCAACCGUGGCUUGAAGGAAGCUGUGGUUGAGCUUCGUGCUGCCUUGCCUGAUGCUGUCAUCACUUACGUUGAUAUCUACUCUCUCAAAUACGCCCUCGUUAGCCAACAUAAGAAACAUGGGUUCGAGUUUCCUUUGAGAACGUGUUGUGGACAUGGUGGAAAGUAUAACUUCAAUUUGAAGCUUGGAUGUGGAGGAACGAAACGGAUCCAUGGGAAGGAUGUUUUGAUUGGAAAGGCGUGUAAAAGACCAGGAGUGUACGUGAAUUGGGAUGGCGUUCAUUAUACUCAAGCAGCUAACAAAUGGAUCUUCAAUCAAAUUAAAACGGGUGCUUUUUCUGACCCACCGAUCCCUUUGAAGAUGGCUUGUCACAGAACCUAAUCUAGUCUGAUCUAGCUCAAUCCAAUCUAAUCCAAUCUCGUUAUUGUUGCUUAA